AUGGAAGUGAUGGAAAUCGUUGGAAAAGGUCCACUAAGAGCUCCAAUAACUCUUGCUCUCGAAAUGGAGUUCAUAGGGAGUGAUCUCUUAUCCACACCAACCUCACUACCCAAGCUGAAUGGUCAGGGAAGCUUCACUCUGCCUUGUACACUUGGUCACCUACAACUUGAGGAUGCACUUGUUGAUUUUGGAGCAAGUAUCAAUCUGAUCUCUCUUGUUCUAGUACAGAGGUUGGGUAUACAGACUCUGAUCCAGCGACCUAAGUCUUCUAUCAUGGUUGGAGAUGCUUCUUCUAAAGCCCCACUUGGUAUUGUCAUGGAUUUCCCUUUGAGAAUUGAAGAGUGCACCAUCCCAAUAGAUCUAAAAGUUUUAGAUAUGGUUGAAGAGAAGGAUGUGCCAUUGAUCUUAGGGACACAUUUCCUCACCACUGUUGGUGCCUCCAUUGACUUCCACACAAAGAAAGUCAUCUUGCACAAUGUCAACAACAAAGUCUCUUACCCUCUCAAGGCAUCAAGCUAUAAAUAUUGUGGAACCACUGCCACUAAGUCGCUGAGCAUCAAGAGUGAUGAGUCUGCUGAGUUUGCUGAGGUUGAAACGAUGGAGAUUAUGACUGUGCGCUGCACAGAGCCAGUUAUUUGUGAACCUUGUGUUCUGGAUGAGAUGGGUCUUGCAAUUUUGUUUAGUGAGCAGCUAGGAAGUGCUCAAAAAGAUGGGGAGGGUAUGGCUUUGAAGGCGUCUCAUGGACAUAAAAGAAAGAUGAUCACGCCUCAGACUCUCUCAAGCGCUCCAUCACAGCUUACCCUGACUCUGUUGCCAUCCAAGUUCACAAAUGGGAAGAUUGAGUACAAGAUCAAGUGCAAGGGAAAGUCUAAACCAUUUUCCAGUAUCAAAGCCUUGGUCAGUCCUGAGCUUCAAAAAGAUCAAACCAAGCUCAAGGAGCUCCUAUCGUCAGUCCUUAUUGUCACCUUUGAUGGUGGGACCGCUCUCAUUCAUGCCUAA